CAAGAAAGUGAGGGAGACGGGGAGGGAGGGGUGCUAGGAAGGAGAGCAGAGGAGGAGAAAAAAUGUUUACUGGUAUUUCUUCCAAUGUCCCAAUGCCUGUUGGUGUAUUCUGGACUACGGCCUGAAGCAGCUGUUCCUGUUCAUCGUUUGAUAGAGAUCUAACACCAUCUGCACUAUAUCUGUCUUCCUCCAGAAGAGUCUACACCUCUAUUCAGCCUCUCAUGACAUUGAGAUCCUAGAGUUGGUACUUCUUAGUAGAAAACGAGGGAAAUAAAGCAAAGGAUUCAUCCUCAGGCAUACUGGAGGAGAACAUCCAACAGUCUGUCUCUGCAAACAGAUCAAGAUAUCUUUUGGCACGAACAAGAGAAAUCUGCCAUCAAGAACAUCAGGAACUUUUGCCGCUUAUCCAGGUUGAAGGACACCAACCAGCAGAAAGAAAGAGGUCUGAUUCCUCCAAAUUAACCAAAGAGAGACAUUCACUUUUGACCUCCCCUAGAGGAACCAAAACACAGACUUUUCCAUCAAUCUGAGGAUCACAAGGCCUUUGAAGGAAACUCAUUUAAAAGAAGAGAGCAAGCAAGGGUCAAGCCACAUUUCCCAGGCUUCUACCAGCAUAUCAAUCUACUAAUCAAGACUAAAGACGUAAAAAGAGCCUGUCCACCAAAUUUGGUCCACCUUUCAUAAGUAGACAUCUCCAUUCAGACAGCUGUGCUUCCAGAAACAUUGAUCUCCAGAUACUAAUUGCAGGCAACUCCUGAUCUUUAUACAAAAGCAAAUCAUCACAAAGUAGAUCUCCCCUAACUGCCAAUGGCUGACUGGAGCUUGCUGGGUAAUUUCCUGGAAGAGGUGCAGGAGCACUCGACCUCGGUGGGCAAGGUGUGGCUCACCAUCCUCUUUAUCUUCCGUAUCUUGGUGCUAGGCACUGCAGCAGAGUCGUCAUGGGGUGACGAGCAGGAGGACUUCACAUGUGACACAGAACAGCCAGGUUGUGAGAACGUUUGUUAUGACCGUGCUUUCCCCAUCGCCCACAUACGCUUCUGGGUGUUGCAGAUAGUCUUUGUAUCGACACCUUCACUUAUCUACAUGGGCCAUGCCAUGCACAGUGUACGCAGGGAGGAGAAGAGAAGGAAGAAGGAGCAGGAAGCUCAGGCAGCCGAUAGUGGAGGAGGAGGAGCAGGAGGAGGGGGUGGUGGUGCAGCAGAGAAAUACCCAGAGGAAGAAAGGGGUUGUGAAAAGGAGGAAUCCAGAGGAGGAAAAGUGCAUCUGAGAGGUGCACUGCUGCGGACUUACGUCCUGAGUAUCAUGAUCCGCAGCCUGAUGGAGGUGAUCUUCAUCAUAGUUCAGUAUAUAAUAUACGGGAUCUUCCUCAAGGCACUAUACCUGUGCAAGGGGCCUCCUUGCCCACAUCCGGUCAACUGUUACAUUUCACGGCCCACUGAAAAGAACGUCUUCAUUGUGUUCAUGCUUGUGGUGGCGGGUGUGUCUCUGUUUUUGAGCAUUGUCGAGCUCUACCACUUAGCAUGGAAGCAAUGCAAGAAGUGUGUCACGGAACACCAGGCCAGAAAGCAUCAAAGAUCCAAUACAACAUUGGCUCUAACUUCUGCUUCUCCAGAACCUUCCACACCAAACCGAGCCUGUACCCCACCACCCAAUUUCCACGAGUGCCUAGCAACAUCCACUCCACCUUCACACCUAUUCCAGACCAAAACACUCACACAGUCCCACACACAUCCAAGCUGCCCACAGUUUACCAACCACCUAGCGUACCAGCAGAAUUCUGCCAACAUGGCAACAGAGCGUCAUCGCAAUCAUGACAGUAUGGAGCCUGAAGAUUUUCUCAAGAUGAGCUUCUCACAGGAAUCCACAAAUACACCCAAUAUGUGUGCUCCAGCUACACUGCUAAGCAACGGAUUCUUGAGUGACAAACGACGGUUCAGCAAAAGCAGUGGGACCAGCAGUAGAGUGAGACCAGACGAUCUAUCAGUGUAGUCUUAUGCCCUUAGGUUAGGCAGCCAUAAAACGAUGACAUAAACUACUUUAAGUUUUGUACUUUGCCCAUUUUGUCAAGUAAACUUCAAGAUUACAUCUGCUCCAAGCAAAGUAUAUUGUAUAUAAUGUAGUGUUUGGUAUUAAUUCACCACUGGUCUGUAUUAUGAUGCAUUGGACUGUCCAGGGGAUAGUGGUAAUAACCAGGACCCUUAACUCUCAUCAAAUCAUCUUCAGUAACCUCUUUAUUCGGGUAAAGUUUGUGUAGAAACACUGGACACAUCCUGAAUAGGAUGCUUGUCCAUCACAGGUAACCACGCGCACACGUUCACACCUAUAGAAGAAUCUGGAGGAUGUCUGUGUGAGACAAGGGACAACAAGCAAAACUCUGGAGCUGUGCACUAAAUCAAGCUCAGGAUCUAAUCAGGGACUCGAAAGCUACUGUAUGAGGUAGCAACUCUAGCUGCUGUGUCACUACAAUGCCCUGGGACCCUUAACUGUGAAUAGAUCUCGUGGUGUCAAAUUUCACCGGAUCCAGGUCACUGCAAAGCUUGAAGCAAGCUGGAACUUUUUACAGACAUCACUAUUUAAUUACAGGUUUUAACUGCAUACCUUAAGCAUGUAUUAUGAACUCAAAAACUUUCAAAGCUGCAUUUUAUUAUAUUUAACAGUUAUUCCACAAAAUCGAGUCAUACAUGAGCUGAUAGCUGACGAGGAGCGUAGCACCAAGCUGGCUAUAAGCCAUGUACGACGAGAUCGUGUGGAAUAACUUAUUCUAUCCACUUUCACUGGAUUUUGAGAAACAGAGCAUAUUUAUCUUUUUUUUUACAAAUUCGAUAAAUAAAAACUUUAUACAAAACGUCCAACAAAAUCAUUUCCGCUCAGACUGUAAACAAAUUGGAGAAAUAACAGUAGCAAUUUAUGAAAAAUAUUAGGAUAAUUCUUGAAAAUAAAAAAAAAAAACGUUCUUACCAUCAAAUAUAUUAAUUCCAUAUUUUGCUGCUUUUUUUUGUAUUGGGGGGGUUGUUUUCAGGUUGAGUUUUUAUUUCGUCCUCGGUUGGUUCAGCAACACGCUGCACCAUUUUGUUUUUCUCUACUCACGGUAUAUGAGCCGAUAGCCUAGUAGUAGAGUAGCCAAUCAGAGCGUGCGAUUGCUCAUAUCCAGUGAAGGUGGAUAGAAUCAUUUACGUUAUUCUAGGUUAGAAUUAUUCUGUGGUUCAUCCACGUGAAAUUUGUUGAAUGGAGUCUUCUUUCCCAAUGAUUUCUUUAUGCAAGUAUUUUCCUAAGUUAUCAAACAUUAAUAUCUUUGGUUUCCAUGUAAACAUUAAA